GCUAACAGUAAGUAUUAAUCAGGAAUACCAUAAUGUGCGAGACAGCUGUAAUCGUCCUUCAUUUCUAAGAAAUAGCACCUUUGUGUCGUUGUGUGACACACUGGCGAAGUGUGUGAGAGCAGCUGUAGGAGGAGCACCGAGGCACACAAUUUCAAAACAAGAAACCUGUGCUGUCACGGCGCUGCAAAGGAGGGCGACAGCAAAUCCACCGGCAGCUGCGACAAACUUUUCUAGUUAUAGCCACUCAUUCAAGAUGCCCGAUUACAGUAACUAGCUAGCCUGUUGCGCAACUAGCUAGUAGUAACUCUCGUCAAGCACCAGACAGAUGCAAGUCUUACGUACAUGUAGCCUAUGCUAUAUUUGACCAACGGAUACAGAGCAACAUUUCUGUCGCAACAGGACAUAAACUCUUUAGAGUGAACACUAUCAAGAAUGGACACAUAUGGCACUGAGAAACUGAACUCUCAACAGAAAUCCUUAAAAGACCAAAGUACCCAGAACCACCUGGACGGCAAAAAGAAAGGAUGCCGGACGUUCCUGCUGCUAGCCUCGGUGGUGGCCGCGGUCAGCGGGUUCAUGCUGGGGUACGAGAUGGGGCUCAUUUCGGGGGCCAUGCUCCAGCUGAGGGAGGCGCUGUCGCUCACGUGCCAGAGGCAGGAGAUGGUGGUGAGCUCGCUGCUCUUCGGCGCCCUCCUCGUCUCCCUGGUGGGGGGCUUCGUGCUCGACCGCUACGGCCGGAAGGCCUCCAUCGUCCUGAGCGCCUGCGCGGUGGUGGCGGGCACCCUGGUGGUGGUGGGCAUCCCGUCCUACCCCGCGCUCAUCGCCGGGCGGGCGCUGGUGGGCAUGGCUGUGGCGCUGUCGGGCGCCGCCGCCUGCCUCUACAUCGCCGAGAUCGCGCCCAAGGACAAGCGGGGCCUGCUGGUGUGCCUGUACGAGCUGAUGGUGGUGAUCGGCAUCCUGCUGGGCUUCGGCUUCAGCUACGCCUUCGCCGCCGUGCCCGGCGGCUGGAAGUACAUGUUCGCGGUGGCGGUGCCGCCGGCGGCCCUGCAGGCGGUCACCAUGCUCUUCCUGCCGGUCAGCCCGCGCUUCCUGAUGAAGAGCGGCAAGGCGCAGGAGGCCCGGCGGGUGCUGGCCCGGCUGCGGGACGGGCCGGCGGACGAGGAGCUCCAGAGCAUCCAGAGCGCGGUGCGGGAGGAGAGCCAGUACGGCUUCCUGGACCUGUUCCGGAGCCGGGACAACAUCCGGACCAGGCUGAUGAUCGGCGUCGCCCUGGCCUUCUUCCAGCAGGCCACCGGCCAGCCCAACGUCCUCCUCUACGCCUCCACCAUCCUGAAGUCGGUGGGCUUCCACAGCAACGAGGCGGCCACGCUGGCGUCCACGGGCCUGGGCGUGGUGAAGGUGCUGGCGACGGUGCCUGCCGUGCUGCUGGUGGACCGGGUGGGCAGCAAGGCCUUCCUGUGCGUGGGCUCGGUGGUCAUGGCGGUGUCGCUGACCACGCUGGGGGCCGUGACCCUGCACAGCCACGCCAACAUGACCAGCCUGUGCCAGAACCCCGCGGGGGGGGGGCUCAACCAGACCACCUGGCCCCCGCAGAACGCCUCCGCGUCCCGGGCCGGCGGGGACUUCGGGGGGUUGCCCGUCGAUUUCGCGCCGCCUGUCCCCAACGGCCUGAACCUCACCAACGCCAGCGCCACCGGCGGGUGGACGACCAAAGGGGGGUGGAGCCAGGAGGGCGGAGAAAGCGUUGUCAAGGUUACGGAUGCGAGCCCUUUCCAGACGGGGACCUCCAGCGUCCUGAAGUGGCUCUCGCUCGUGAGCCUGCUCGUCUACGUGACGGCCUUUUCCAUAAGUCUCGGACCAAUGGUUUAUGUGGUCCUGAGCGAGAUCUUUCCAUUGGGAAUCCGGGGGAAGGCCGUGUCUGUGGUGUCGGCCAUUAACUGGGGCACCAACCUCGUCAUUUCGUUGACAUUUCUCACUGUGACAGACAAGAUCGGCCUCCCGAAUGUCAUAUUCACAUACGCGGCGAUGAGCUUUGCUCUGCUGGUCUUCGUGAUUUUGUACAUACCCGAGACCAAAGGACGGUCACUGGAGCAGAUCUCGAAGGAACUGGCCAAGACGAACCACCUUGAAGACAGAAUAUGCUACAGGGUGAAGCCAAAAACAGAAAUCUUAAUCUCAAUGAAACAGGAAGAGGAGAACGGGACAAAAUAAGAAUCUAUACCUCAGAACCGAACGCCAUUUAGGAAGCGGCACAAUAAAAACAAAAAAAAAAACAUUUUUUUUUCCCUCUCCGUGUUACUUAAAACUUCUCUGGGAUAACCUCACAGUAAAAACAGCAAACAGCAAGAGGCGUUUUCUGAAGACCCAAGUCAAAAUACUUGAAUGAAACGAACUGUAAAAUGAAUAAAUACACACCGGCAGCCUUCUCUUGCACGUUUAGCGAAAGGGUUUCGCGGCUCGCGCGUACGAGGGACCGGAAUGUUCCGCUGGCAUUCGCGGGACCCGAACGGCUUUGGCGAACGGGCCGGCCUUACGGAUAAAAUGUGCGCAGCAUGUGUGGAGAAACGCUGAAAAUGCUGCAGACUUCUCCACUUCGCUCGCCCGAACGCACAAGAUUUGGGGCGUCCAGGCUCAUCCGGCGCUGUGGGUACGGGCUUUUGUAUCAAGGUCUUGAUUGACGACCGGUAUUAGUUCAUUAGUUGAAUCAGGUGCCUUUAGUACCGGGCUAAAACGAAAACCUGCACCCACACCGGCCACUUUUUUCAGAUAAGAUUGGACACCCCUGCACAAGAUUAGCCUGUUGCUCGCUCUAGCACAGUGAUCUACACUCCUGGUCCUGGAGGGCCGCAGGGUGAGAUGGUUUUGGUUUUUGCCUAAAUAUCAGCAACCAGUUCGGACACAAAGGAGCCAGAUGAAGCCAGUCAGAUGUGACCUCAACAGUUCCAAUUGUUUAAUUAAGUGCAGAUUAACAACUAAAACCAGCAGAGUUGGUGGCUCACCAGGACCAGGGUUGCAGACCCCUGGUAUACAGAGUUUAGAUUUAUGAACCUGCCCGUAGCACUUAGAGCUGUAAACCAGAGCUGUCAAACUCCGGUCCAGUGUCUGCAGGCAUUUGUUGCUUCCAAUGUGUUUGAUCAUUUAGCCAACCAACACCUUAAAUGAAUCACUGGAGCUGAAACGCACUGAAAACCAGCAGAGACUGCACACGUCCAAGACUGGAUUCUGACGCCUGUGCUCUACAUCAUUAAAAAUGUUAAAUGAUUAGAAGAAAUAAGCCUUCAUUUAAAUUUUUGUUUGGUUUGGUGGACACUACUGAUGCUCCAACCCUUCAGCUAGAAGUGUUUUGUUUUUACGACGGGGGGGAAAAAAGGACACUUCAUCUAUCCCUGUAGAAAUAAAUGGUGAUUCAGUCUGUGCAAGACUGAAUCUUGGAUUUUUUUUUUUUGUUUAGAUUUGUUCUAUUAAUAAGUUCUGGCGUACGAGGAUAAUUUUACUAUUAUACAAAACUGUAAUUUUUUUUGUGUGUGCUAUUGAGAACACGCUGUAUUUUAUGUAAAUUAGUUUCCCUGGAGCUUCUGACUAAACCCUGACCUUCUUUGUCAUUGUACACACAGUGCCAAUUCAUGUCAACCUCUUGUUAGUGUCAACAGCACAACAGACGAUUGAUUACAGAUCCUUUUGCAUUGGAAAGUUCUUAUUUAAGCUGUAAAAUAAUCGUUUUUCUACAUUUAAAUGAGCAGGCUUGACGUUCAGGACACUUUGUAGCGUACGUGUAGCGCACACUGGGCUAACUUGACUGAGGGUGAGCACGGACGGUGUGCACGGACGGCUACCGCCAUGACGUGCCAAACUGACGCACAAUUGCAAUGACUAUGGCACAAAACUACAAACAAGUACUGUACAGUGUGUCGGUUCAAAUUUCUGAUGUGUAGUAGGGAUUUACUUAAUCCUCCCAAGAGUUAGGUAAUGUGUCUGUAUAAGGAAGGAGAGCUCAGCCUAUUGAAAACUGUGACUGUGAUUCACAACGACGAGUGAUUUCAGAUCCUACUUUGAGAGCCAUUUUGUUUGCGCACAAAUGCCGGGCUCCCUCAGAGUGCGGCUUUGACUGGCCACGCUCUGUUUGAAACAUGCACAACAAACGCCUUUCCACAAUAACAACUAAAUAAAAAAUAAAAAUACAAAUCAAAACAUCA